AUGUCUGAUUUUACUAACCUUAUUUAUGAAUUUCCAGCUGUGUCAACAAAAAUGGAGAAUAUUGUCAUUCUCACUAAAGCUUAUAUUGCUUAUUUUAAAGAACGAGCUAGUUUAGAAAAUGAAUAUGGUAAAGGUAUUCAUACUCAAAGUACUGUCCCAAUGAAAACUUCAUUAUUUAAUAAAGAAAAUCCUGUUGAUAAAACUGAAUCUACUUUAAAGGCUAUGCUUGAAACAAUUAAUAGUGAGAGUGAAAAAAUUGGUCAAAAACAUCUUGAAACAGCUAGUAAAAUUCUUAAUGAAAUUGUUAAGCCAUUAGAAGCACUUGUUAAAGAUAUUGAAGUUGGAAAAAAGAAACUUAUUAAUGAUACUAAUAAAAGCAUUAAUAGUCAUAAUGCUUUAGUUACUGCUGCUGAAAAAGCUAAAGUUAAUUAUAAAAAAGCUGUUACUGAACAUAAGAAUGCUGUUGAAGCAGGAAAAACACUUGAAGGACCAGCUCAAGAAAAGAAUAACAUUAAAAUUGGACAAUUAGAUGCUAAAGUAAAGAAAUUAGAAGCUGACUAUCGUGCUGCUGUUGAUAAAGCUAAUACUACUAGAGAAGUAUUAUAUCAAACAGAACUUCCAGAGGUUCUUAAGGGUUGUCAAGAAUUAAUUUCUAAACAUUAUGAAACAUUUAAAGCAGUACUUGACCAAUUUGUUGUUACUCACAUUGAAUUAUCAACUAUUAUAGCCGAUGUUUCCCAACGUUUAAGAGGAAAUAUGGAACAUGUUUCUUAUGAAGCUGACCUUGAAGAAUUUAUUAAAGCAAACCUUAAUGUCCAUGAAAUUAAAAACAUUGAGCUUGAACUUGAAGAAGCAACUGCUCCAACUGAAGAAAAGAAAGAAGAAACACCAGUUGAAGAAGAGAAGAAAGAGGAAACACCAAUUGAAGAGGAAAAGAAAGAAGUUCCAACUGAAGAAGAGAAGAAAGAGGAAACACCAGUUGAAGAACAAAAAACUGAAUAA